GGGUUAUGUCUUUUUAAAAUUAUUUAUGAGUUUCUAUCCCGACUGAACAACGCCAUGGUCACGUGGUACCUGAGACAAUUGUCAGCGCUGUCGUCACCACACCCAGUAGCUUACGCACACAUUUUAUUUAAUCAUUAUUAUUUUUGUAUUUGUGUUUUGUUCAAUAUAUUUUUUUAUUUUGUAUGCUGCAACGAUUAUUGUUUAAAAUAUUAAAGGUUUUAAUAUUAUAUGCUUAGUGUCUACCUCAAUUAAUGAUCCUUCUGAGCAGCCAAGCGCCCUCUCGAGGAAGACUACAUAGGUGCUUCAAAAUUGCCGCCAAUGUAGCUUCCUUAACGGACAGAAAGCCAUCUUUCCUCCUGUAGUCGGUGUAACCGAACUCUCCUGCCGUUUUGACAACCGUGGAAAAAGAUGUCACAUUACAACACCCGCAAAAAACGCAACUUGGAAAGUGUAGAGGGUGAAUGUGAAGCUCCAGCGAAAACAAUGAAGCCAAUAAAGCAAGAAAUAUUGAUGUGGCAGAACAGAGUAGACGUAUUACAAGAAAAGGUGAAUGAGUUGGAAGCCUUGAACACCGAGCUUCGGCAACAAGUAGUGGAGCUUUCAGCGCAGAAAGUUGAUCCAAUUCCUGGUACAUCAGUGGCACAUGAAGAAACUGGUGCUGUUGACCUAUCUAGUGAUGCGAACACAUCAACUGAUGUUGAGUCAUCAGUCACAGAAGAAUCAUGUGAUGAAUCCUUUUCAAGUUCAAGUUCAGAGACUCAUCAGAGAAGAAAAACAAAGAAAAGCAAGAAGAAAGCAGAGAGCAGGAAACACAAGAAGAACAAGAAGAAGGGGAAAAAAGAUAAACAUGACAAGAUAAAACGAGCCAACAAUGUUCGUGAUGUCAUAAGGCGUUAUAAAAGGCUUUUGAAGCUGACAAAACGUGGAGCAACCAUGACAAAAGCAUUCCGAAAAGAAGGUGUGUCUCGGAAUGCAGUUGCCCAGCUCGCUCCCAUCGCAGAACUGUAUUUUGCUGACAGAGCACAAUUUAACAGCAUCACCUUCACUCCAGGAAAACUAGCGGAGUUUGCACAAAAGUGCAAAGAACACAUUAUAGGAGAUGUUCUAAGAAAGGUCCUAUCAAUGAAAGCGAAAGGUUCACUUUUGCCUUUUUGUCUAAAUAAGUGAUCUGUUAAAAAGCUUCUUAGCUAUGUUCGCUGUUCACUAUAAGUAUGUUUAAAAAGUAGAUAUCAUUAACAGUUAGUAUUAAUAUCAUUGUUUGAACUGAAGGGAACAUAUUCUUACAAACCCUUUUUGUCAUUCUAGGCAGACUUUUGUUUCCAUGUUUGAUCCUCUCUCUAACCUGUUUUUUCAUGAGUCCACAUGAGUAUUCUCAUAUCUUUUGAUUUAAAAAUGUACACAUCACCAUUUCAUUGGAUGUUAUCCUUUUUGACAAGGUCAUUAAAAGGAGUUGAUUGGACAAACAAAUGAGUCUGCAUAUUUUCCUCGUUCAGCAUCUAUGUACUUGUUCUGUUUUGCUGUUAUUUUUCUUGUCUAAUAACAGAUAUUUAGUAGUGAUGAUGUUUACUGUCUAUUGACAGUCUGCUGAAAAUCCCCUGACUAGUAGCCAUGUUGUCUGAUGUAAGAGUCAUUCAACAGCAUCCCUAAGAUUUUCACUUCAUUUUGAUGGGCCUAAUGUGGCAAGAGAUGAAAAGAUGAAUUUGCCUCAAAGUAAAAUGACUCUCUACUGAAAGGUAAUUUAUAUGUAACAAACAGUAAGUAACGCAUUUCUGAAAAUACUUGCAAAAGAUGGAGUUUUAGCAGCCUGAUAUGCCUAAAGUUAAUUUGAAAUAAUGAUGAGUUGCUACUUAUAGUCAACUGAAUGCUUACUGAAUGUCUGUUGAUACAUUGGUUAGUAUACCUAAAGUUAAUUUGAAAAAUGUUGAAUUGCUACUUAUAGUCAACUGAAUGCUUACUGAAUGUCUGUUGAUACAUUGGUUAGUAUGCCUAAAGUUAAU